AAAAGAUUGCGAGUUUUCGAAUUCUCAAAGAUACGCGAUAUCUAGUGUCCUACAGUGUGGGUCUUAUUCAUUCAAAACCAAUUAUUCGUGAACACAAAUCAAUGUAAGUGAGAUUUAUCUAUCAUAAUUAUAAAGUACAGUAAUUACUGUCCUUUAUCGAUGGUUUAUAAGAAUAAAUACGUUCUGAAUUUAUUCACACACUAUACACUAUUUAUAAUAAUUCACGUAUAAAUAUCACUUUAGUAAUUCGUUCUAUUUACUACGACGAUUCAUUUAAGAGUUACUAGCUGCGUUUACACAAACUUUUUAUAUACCACAAGUUCGAGAACAAAAAGAAACAAAAGAAAUAAAUAAAUAGACUCUCCUAGAAAUUAUUUGGAAGAAAUACUGUAAAUAAACCACCUGCUAUAAUAAAAACUUCUAAAAGGAAACAUCAAAUGCGGGUCCGCCAUUUAUAAAAAAAUUUAAAACUCCAUAGUAGUUGGAUAGGGCCGGCCGAAGGACCCAUUUUGGGAACUAAUAAAGAGCUUGGAGAAUAUUUUCAUUGGUGUUUUAUAUAUUUUUUCUUAUCUUUGAAGAUAUUUAUGACAGCUCACCGGUUUGCUUUGAGGAAAUUCAGUCGAAAGCAAAUUAAGUUUGGUCUAUUCAAAUAGAUCUGAGUUAUCAUCAGUUUACAUUUCAUUCACUUAAUUCCGAUAUUUCUAUUAAAAUAUCUAGUCUAACGAUUGCAUGUUCUUUUUAUAAUAAUCCUUCCUUCAAAUAAUAUUAUAAACAAUAUUUCAUAGCUUAGAAAUACAAACCAAAUAGGUUUAAAAUUGAAUAAUGCGUUACUAAAAAGAUAGUGGACUAUAAAGAGAUUACUUACUCAGUGCGUUUCCAAAAAUGCAGAGAUAUUUAAAGUAAAAGUUAAACAUAUAGAAAUCCUGAUGAAAAACCGCCACUAGCGAUCAUCAUGGAAAUUGGAAGAGCUAAGAGAAAUUGAAGUUUUCAGAUAUUUAACCUAUACUGUUCGUCUUUUUUCUGGACAUUUUUUACCAAAUAUUUUGCCUUGCAAGAUACAUAUCUUGAUUCGUUUCGCAUUCUAUGGAUAAAGUACUGUAGCAUAUGAGUUUUUAUAGUUAUAAUUACUUUUCGUUCCUUUUUAUUCUUCUGGGAAUUUCGUUUGUUACCCGGAAGGUUCAGGAGAUCUUAAGUAUUCGUCAAGGUCUAGGGCUCAACUCUUUAAAACAGAACAGCGUGUACAUAGCACCUUUUUUGGUAUAGAGAUGACUUCCAGUGAUCUUAUUUUCACUUAUAAUCAUCAGUUUUAUCUUUUUGACAUCGAUAUACAGGCCAUAUUGCAGGCUCUGUAAGUCUUUGUCAGCAAAUACCAUGAUGUCAUCUGCAUAUCUGGAAAAAGCUUAUUUUCAAAUUUCAAGUCUUCUCAUAAUGGAAUAAUAACAAGGUUUAGGGUGCUGUUUGGUACUGUUUAUACAAAAUGAGAAGUAUUUUUCCACUACACAUGGUGGCUAUCUGAGCUAACCAGCUUAAUCAUCUUUGUUCAUUAUUAGAUCGAUUCUAGAAGUGAAUCACAGAUUCUAUCAAAAUGGCAUAAACGUGUUGGAUAGGCGUUGGAUUGAAUGUUUAACUUUCGAAAGAAUUUGGAACAAAAACCCACUUAAUAAGAUUCUCCAGCCGCUGAUAAAAAGCAGAAAUGUAUUCAAUUUUUUAAGGCUGAAAUCUGGCAAAUAUUCGAAGCCAAUCGGUGGGUUCCCAUUUUCGGAACUCCAGUCGUCAUAAAUAUCAACAGCAAGGUCUAUUUAACAAACUGUCUUGUUUGAAGGAUAUAAUUAGACAGUUAAGACAAAAUUUUAAAAAUAAGAAAUAUAUUUACGACAGGUUUAUCUAAAUAUACUUAAGUUUUGAUGAUGCAUGGUUGAAGGAUGCAUAAUCGUAUUUUGUUUUUCAGUCAACAUGAUAAUUACAAGUAGUUUUUCAUACGAUUUUAUAAUAUCAAUAACUACUUUGAUUGCAAUUCUAUUCUUUUAUAUAAAAUAUAAAUACAGUUUUUGGAAGACUAGAGGAAUACCACAACUGACACCGACUUUUCCUUUUGGUAAUUAUGUUAAAUCGCUACCUAAAGGAAUAGCACUUGGAGCUGUCACAAAAAGAUACUAUGACGCGUUUAAAAAAAUGGGAUGUAAAUUUGGAGGAGUUUAUAUAGGCCUGGAUCCUCAUUUGGUGAUUAUGGAUCCUAACUACGCCAAAGAUAUCUUGGUAAAAGAUUUUCAAUAUUUUGUAGAUCGAAAUCUUUAUUGUAAUGAAAAAGAUCGUAUAACUGCUAACAUUAUCAGUAAAAGAGGCAACGAAUGGAGAGCUGCAAGGGAGAAAUUUUCAGUGUUGUUCACUACAGCAAAACUUAAACAAUACUUUAGUGUGAUAGAACAAUGUACCGAGAAUUUGAAACAAACAUUGAAACCUUUUAGCAAAGGUGACGUAGAUUUAAAUAUAUACGAUGUAUUAUCUUGUUAUACAACGGAUGCAAUUGGGACAGUUUUUCUUGGAGUUGCUGCAAACAGUUUUGACCAGUCUGAUGGCAGUAUUCGAAAAACUGGAAAAGAAUUUUUUUCCGAACUUUCCAUUAUACAUCGAAUACGUCUAUUUCUAACAAUUUGUUAUCCGAAUUGGGCAGCAAAUUUGAAAAUAUCUAACAUAGAUUCUCAUAUUCAGAAAUUUUACGCAAAUUUCAUAAGAGAAAUUUUGAAAUUCAGAGAAAAGAAUGAAGUUAAUAAAAAUGAUUUGAUACAAAUGGUUGUUGAAAUGAAGCAAUCCGGAAUGGAUUUGACAUUAGAUGAAAUGAUAUCAGAGAUUCUAUUUUUUUACUUGGCUGCAUACGAAACUUCAUCCGGGACUGCAUCCUCCAUAUUGCUCGAACUUGCUUUACAUCAAGAUGUGCAGGAUAAAGUGAGGGAGGAAAUUAUUCAAGUUACUAAUAAAUACAAUGGAAAGCUAACUUUCGAAGCUGUGAAUGAAUUGACUUAUUUACGUCAAGUUUUCGAUGAAACUGGAAGAAAAUAUCCUACGUUGGCGACUAUUGGCAGAAUAUGUGUUAAGGACUAUACGUUCAAAAACUCUGAUAUCACCAUCAAAAAAGGCAUGUCAGUAAUAAUACCAGUUCUGGGAUAUCAUCACGAUGCCGAUUAUUACCCAGAUCCUUCAAAAUGGGAUCCCGAUAGAUUUGCUGAUAAAAAUGAAAGACAUGAAGGUUACCUUAUGUUUGGAGCAGGACCAAGAAACUGUAUAGGUUCCCGAUAUGGUUUUAUUCAAGUUAUAUUAGGUCUAGCAUCGAUUUUAGAAGAUUACCAAGUGUUCGUUAGUCCUAAUACAGAGUUACCAUUGGUAUUCGAUGAACUAACUUUUGUUACUAAGAUGAAACAAACUAUAUAUUUGAGGUUGAAGAAAUUGGAAAAUUGAAAUACGAAACUGGAAUUUGUUAUCAAUAUAUGAAUGGAAGUAACUUUGUGUAAUUAAUAACCGUAUUUAAUUAAUUUUAUGAAAUACAUACAGUUG